ACGAAACUUCCUCGAGUGAAUCUGAAGAUCAGGAUUCAUCUAGUGAAUCUGAAGAUCAAGAGGAGAUUACACCAUCACAUUCAACCUCUUCCGUAAUAAAUUCAAGGCAAUUGGAUCUCGACGUAGAAUCCGAUUCUGAAGGAAAUUACAUCAUGUCAUCUAAUGGAUCAAGAAGAUCAAAAGUUCGGCCCAACAUUAUUACAUCAAGGUCCACUGACCCAAGGAUAAAAAAACCUCCACCGAAGAAAAGGUCUGUGAUCAAUUCAGAAAAGGUCGUUAUGAGUUCAUCACCUAUAACGUCCAGUGGUGAUGCACAUUCGGCUCAUAGGGAUCGCAUACGAGAUGUGAUACAAGAACUUUUAGUCAUCGCAAAGAAACCGUCCGAGAAAAAGGGUCUUGGAUUAAUAUUAUCUGUUCAAAAUGGGCAUGCACCACAUGUCCACGGCAUCGGAGAUCCACCUUCCCCCACCGUGAUUCUCCUGUACGAGCUACAAGAAUUAUUGGGUUACGGAGAUGAGGAGUCUUCAAAAUACAUAAACGAGCAUCGGACUUCUAGUAAAAUUCAUCUCCAGGUAGAUCCACCUGAUGACAAUGAUGAUACGAGGCCAUCACUACGAAGUAUGUUUGAUAAUGCUAUUGACAACGCACGGGUUAUCCGUCGUCGAUCUUCUCCAAAUUUUCGAACUUCACCAUCUCCACCAUCUCCACCAAUAAAUUACAGAUCAGCGACUACCGGAGGGUCAGAAGUUAAUUAUGCGUCAUUAAAAAUGGAUUCUAAUCUACAUCCGCAUGAUGCGAAUGUUAAUAAACCAUUAUCAUGGGCUUCUUCAUUAGGAUUCUGGACUCGUUGGAAAGUGUAA